UCGCGCCGUCCUCGCGCUAGCCGCUCGGCUGCGGCGGUGCUGAGGGAGUAGCUGACGCGGAUAUAGACGGACCUGCUGAGCGGCUGAGGGUGUACAUGGGACUGAGGAGGGGAUGGCUGAAUGAGUAAAGUGUUUGCCAUGACAGCCUGAUUUCUGAUCCCCAGCAGGACCAGAGUGAGGGCAGCAGGAACUACUCAGCAACAAUGUCUUCAGAGUUGGAGACCUCGGAGGGGGUAGACGAAUCAGAGAAGAACUCCAUGGCUCCAGAAAAGGAAAACCAUGCAAAAAUGGCAGACCUUUCUGAGCUCUUAAAGGAAGGGACCAAGGAAGCACAUGACCGGGCAGAAAAUACCCAGUUUGUCAAAGACUUCUUGAAAGGAAACAUUAAAAAGGAACUAUUUAAGCUGGCCACUACUGCACUUUACUUCACAUACUCGGCCCUUGAGGAGGAAAUGGACCGCAACAAAGACCACCCAGCCUUCGCCCCCUUGUAUUUCCCCUUGGAGCUACACCGGAAGGAAGCACUGGUCAAGGACAUGGAGUAUUUCUUUGGUGAAAACUGGGAGGAGCAGGUGAAGUGCUCCGAGGCUGCCCAGAAGUAUGUAGACCGGAUUCACUAUGUGGGGAAGAAUGAGCCAGAGCUUCUGGUGGCCCAUGCUUAUACUCGUUACAUGGGGGACCUUUCGGGAGGCCAGGUGCUCAAGAAGGUGGCCCAGCGGGCACUGAAACUCCCCAGCACUGGGGAAGGGACCCAGUUCUACCUGUUUGAGCAUGUGGACAAUGCCCAGCAGUUCAAGCAGUUCUACCGGGCCAGAAUGAACGCCCUGGACCUGAAUUUGAAGACCAAAGAGAGGAUUGUGGAGGAAGCCAACAAAGCUUUUGAAUACAAUAUGCAGAUAUUCAGUGAACUGGACCAGGCUGGCUCCAUGCUGGCCAGAGAAACCCUGGAGGAUGGGCUCCCCAUACAUGAUGGGAAGGGAGAUGUACGUAAAUGCCCCUUUUAUGCUGCUCAGCCAGACAAAGGUACCCUGGAAGGCAGCGGUUGCCCCUUCCAGACAGCCAUGGCUAUACUGAGGAAGCCUAGCCUUCAGCUCAUUCUAGCUGCCACUGUGGCCCUGGCUGCUGGACUCUUUGCCUGGUACUACAUGUGAAGGACCUGCCUAUUGUUUGCAUCUUACCCCAAGUGACCUGUUCCAUCCCCAUCUCAACCUCUGACAAAAACUACCACCUCAGGUGACUUUUCUAAUGCUGGGUUUGAGAAAACAAGCAACCAAUAAAAGCCAGACACUAGAGCCUCUGCCUAGCAGCAUCUUCUCUUGCCAGCCAGGUGCACACCAGACACAGGCUGUCACUGCAAGGCAGCCUUGGACCUCUGAUCUGGCAGUGCUUCCGGACUUGUGCCACUUAGGAAGCCUGGGCACAUUCUCUUCACUCUUACCAGCACUUGGAGUAGUAACUGCCUUGCUGGGAGCUCGCUGCCCACACACCCAGGCUUUGUGGGAAAGGGCCAUGCCAGCUGAUGAUGGUUCACUUUUCUAAGCCUCAGGGAGUCUUUUGGGAUGGAAGCCAUUCUUCAAAGCCCUCAAAAGCUUAUCCUGCUCAACGAUGAUUUCCCUAAGAAGUCUGUUAGCCUGAGCUAAUUGGUAUACUUGAUAGUGCUCUAAAAACAGAUGCUACACACUUCCCUCCUUCCUCGGACAGGGUAGUCUUUUACAAACAGUGGCAUGUUGCAUACAAAUUGACUUUUGAUGACAGCCCCCACCACCUGCCAUCUCUGACC